UUUCUUGGUUCUUUGUGUCGUUUUGCACCGUUCAUGACAGAUUUUAAAAUAGUUACCGAAGGCAGAUCCAGAUUCUAACCCUGGCUCGUCAAAUAAGUUAGCCUGAGAUAAGCUCUUAGAGAUUCUAUCUGUUUUAUUAGUAUAAAGCAUUAGAAUUUACUAGUAAGAAUCUGUAGAGCAAAUGUGACUAAAGGAGCAGCUUAUUAGCUGUUGUCAAUACACCAUGGCUGCACCAACCAGCGAUCCACGGAAGAGAUCAAAAAGAGGGGAUGGUGAUGAUUUAACAGAAGUGGGAGAUGGCACAGAGCAGGAUGACUGGAUGCAGGCAAAAACCCUGGUUAAACCUGAUGACCAGCUGGAGCUGAAUGAGACGGAGCUGAAAGAAGAAUUCACCAGAAUCUUGACUGCAAACAAUCCUCAUGCCCCUCAGAACAUUGUCCGCUACAGCUUCAAGGAGCGCCAGUACAAACAGACUUCAAGUGUUGAUCAGCUGGCCGUACACUUUGCACUGGAUGGCAAUUUGCUGCACAAGGAUUCAGAUGAGGCGAGAAGGCAACUCAGUCGGAUGGGUCUCUCUGAACAAAAAGAAGAGGAGAAAGAAGAAGAAAAAGAAGAAGUGGCAGAAGCUGAAGGUGGAGCAGCCGCUGAAGAAGGAGGAGAGGAAGGCGGAGCUGAGGGAGAGGGAAAGGAGGAAGGAGGGGAGGAGGGAGCCUCCCCUGCCCCACCCGUAGCCAAAGGAGGGUCUAAAGAGAAGAAACUGACCAACCAGUUCAAUUUCAGUGAUAGAGCUUCUCAAACCUACAACAAUCCAUUCAGGGACCGUGGCACAGUGACAGAGCCACCACCAAGAGCCUCAUUUGCCUCCAAUGUCACACAGUGGGAAAUCUUUGAUGCUUAUCAGGAAGAUUUUGAAAAACAGGAGAAGUCAAAAGAAAAGAAAGUCUUGCCUGGAAGGAAGGAAGAAGGCAAAACAAAGAAGAAGUUCACCAUGACAGAGACAUCUAAUGAUGACAUCUCUAGAAUUGAGUCUGCCACAAAGAUUGUUGAACGCAUGGUCAAUCAGAACACCUAUGAUGACAUCGCCCAAGAUUUCAAGUACUGGGAGGACGUGUCUGACGAGUACCGUGACCAAGAGGGUACCCUCCUGCCCCUGUGGCGUUUCUCCUUUGAAAAGGCAAAGAAACUCGCCAUCACCUCUGUCUGCUGGAGCCCAGGAUACAAAGAUCUUUUUGCUGUGUCAUGCGGUUCCUAUGACUUCAUGAAGCAAGGGAAUGGUCUGAUUAUCUUCUGGACUCUGAAAAACCCCUCCUUCCCUGAAUGCUUCUUUGAGGCAGACAGCGGAGUUAUGUGCCUUGAUAUUCAUCCUCAACACCAACACUACAUCGCAGCAGGUUUCUAUGAUGGGAGUGUGGCUGUAUUCAGCACAGUUGAGAGGAGGGAUGGACCAAUCCAUCGGUGCACAGCUAAGAAUGGGAAGCACACAGACCCUGUGUGGCAGGUACGCUGGCAAAAGGAUGAUGCAGACAACAACAUGAACUUUUACUCCAUUUCCUCUGAUGGCCGCAUUUGUUUGUGGACAAUCUUGAAGAAUGAAAUGGUUUACCAAGAUGUGAUACGGCUGUGUUUGCCUGAUGUGUCAGCAGAGGGUCCGGAUGGCAUCAAGGUACCCACCACAGGAUGUGGCACGGCAUUUGACUUCCACAAGCAGAAGGACUACUUGUUCCUGGUGGGCACAGAGGAAGGCAAAGUUCACAUCUGCUCUAAGGCCUACACCAGCCACUUCAUCGACUCUAUAGAUGCUCACAACAUGGCUGUCUAUAAGGUCUGCUGGAAUCAUUACCACCCUAAGAUUUUCAUCACCUGCAGUGCAGACUGGACCGUCAAGAUAUGGGAAAUGAAGGACAAAAUGGACAAAAAUGAAGGUGGAGAUGAUUCAAGGAAACCGCUGUUCUCUUUCGACCUGAACAACUCUGUGGGUGAUGUGGCUUGGUCUCCGUACUCCUCCACUGUGUUUGCUGCUGUCACCUCAGAUGGAAAGGCCUUUGUGUACGACUUGAAUGUGAACAAGUAUGAGCCAUUGUGCGAACAGAUGGUUGCUCAGAAGAAGAAAACCAAACUGACUCACAUCGACUUCAACCCAACGUUCCCCAUGGUGAUCGUGGGAGAUGACCGUGGCAAUGUCAUCAGUUUGAAACUCUCCCCCAACCUCAGGAAAAUGAAGGCCGAGAAGAAGGGAGCACCACCAGUUGAUGAAGCAACCAAGAUUCAGCGGGAAGUUGAAAAACUUGAGAAAAUCUUGUCCAUGGUUAGAGAGCAGCCUACAGAAGCUACAGCCAACUGAACUUCUUGAAUCAGAAUGAUAUACAGAACGGGAAACAAAUUUAUUUGGUCACAGUCAGUAGAAGUACUUAAAUGAGCAUAAAAGCAGAAAAGGCCGUUUGGUUAUAGUCAACUGAAGUACUUGAAUGAGCUCAAUUUAAUUUAGCAGAAAAAACUCUUUGGUUAUCCAAAGGUGUUUGCAGAUUAUUACCAUGCCAGAAAAUAAGAUACAGUAUGACUUGGACUUCAUGUGUGAAAUUACUGAGAUUUUUGUCUUCCUUAGACCACUAGGUAUUUCCAGUAUUAGCAGAUUCUUUAUCAGUGGGGAAGCAAGCAAUGUCCUUCAUUUUGAAAUUGACUACAGUUUGGAAUUUUACAUUAUUAAUGGGGGUUUCCUGGUGGACUAAUUACAAUAACACCAAUGAUAUUUAAAGAUCAAAUUACUCAUACUGAUAGCAGUCAGCAAUAUGAGUUUGUCAGACACCAUUCUUUAGUUAUCUUUUGCAACAGAAGUAUGAAAGUUGCUGUCCUUUUAUAGCAGAAAUGAAGCCAUUUUCAGUAGAUCUGACUUUGAAGGUUUAACAUGAUAAGUAACCUCUCUUGCACCUGCAUAAGUCUGUGUUUGACUGAAAGUAGGAAAUUCUUAAGUAGAUUUUUUCUUGAACAGACAAUAUUUGUGAUAAUUUAGGUGUUUCAAAUUUCAAAAUAUUUUCCCACUAGGUUGCUUUCAAUAAAUGAGAAAGGUACUUUUGUCUGUAUGUGUGUGAUGCGAGCUGAAAGUGAGAUCAAGAAACAGCCACAUAAUUGAUUAGCUAAGUAAAUAGUGGAUAACUGCAUGAUUUUUUAAAUUGUACAUAAAGCAUUAAAUAUUACACCAAAUACAUAGCAUUCCGUCCUUUUGAAUGUUUUUUUUGUGAUAUCAAUGUGUUUACUUGCAUUAUGAAUAGAAAAAGAAUAUCUGAGCAUGUCUUUGCCUGAAUCUCAACAGGCAAUUUAACAAUAUUAUUUAACAUUAUUACCACAAUUUGGUCUGCAUCUUCAGUGAUGCUGAUCUCGAGAUUCAUCUGCUCAGUGUGAUAAAUAAAAUGAAUGGAUGAUACAAUCUUA